CUUGUGAUAGAUGAUGCCCAUUUGGAUGAUGCAGCUGAUAUAACAGUUGUUCUUCCUAGCGACAACAAGUCUACUGCUAAACUUACAGUUACAGAGGAACCUGUUAAAAUCGUUGAACAUAUCAAGAAUCUUACUGUAAUGGAAACAUCCACAGCACAAUUCACUUGUGAAUUAAACAAAAUGAAUUAUAACAUUGAGUGGUUCAUUGGUGAGGUGCUUAUCAAAGACAGGCCCAGGUUUAGAAUGGAGCACCAUGAAUACAGUUACACUCUGUACAUAUCUGAUUGUAAAGUUGAAGAUGGAUCUGAGUUUACAUGUGUUGCUGGGGAUGUUAGUUCAACCGCAACACUUACUGUACAAGAAGCCCCUGUGGAGUUCAUUGUCCCACUGAAGGAUGUUGAUGCCAUGGAGCAUGAGACAGCUCGCC